AUGGCGCGAGUUGAAGAUAUAUUGCAGAAGAUGAUGAGAAGGUUUGAUUCUAGUGAUGAGCAGGCCAAGGAAUUGAGAGAUAAUUUGGUUACUAUUGGGCAAAAGGUUGAUGCACAUGCGAAGAAAAAAGGUCUGAGCGCUUUGACUAUUCCAUGUACCAUCGACUUAUUAUACUUUGCUAAAUCACUAUGUGAUCUCAGUGCAAGCAUAAAUCUCAUGCCUCUCUCCAUUUAUAAGAAAUUGUGUUUAGGUCACUCAAAGCCCACUGAAUUGUGGUUUAUGAUGGCCGAUCGAAUAGGGAAGAGGAUCAUUAGGAUACUCCAUGAUGUGCUCAUGAAGGUGGAGUCGUUUAUAUUUCCGACUGAUUUUGUGAUUCAUAAAUUUGAGGUGGAUUUGGAGGUGCCUAUUAUCAUUGGGAGGUUGUUCCUUGCUAGUGGUCCCGCCUUGGUUGCUAUGGAAAAAUGGCAGAUGAAGUUUAGGUUAAACAAUGAAGAAGCAACUUUAAACGUUUGUAGGUCCAUAAAGCGCAAUGGUGAGCUCAAAACGGUAUCUUCUAUAUCCUACAGGGUUGAGAGUACGUCUGAGGUACAAAUCGAGGAGUGCCUUUGUGUUGAGGCACUAGUGGCAGUGAUAAUGAAGUUUGAGAGUGAUGGUAUUGAAGAGUAUGGGUAUUUUGUUGCGGCACUUGAAUGA